UUGUUAUCUUUCUUAAAACUUUUGUUAUGCUCUCUAGGAGAUUGCCACUGAGAAUAAGUUUGAGAAGAAGAUCCUGCAGAAUGUGAUACCACCAGGUGAUAUUGGAGUGAAUUUUGAGAACAUUGGAUCUCUGGAAAAUGUGAAAGAAUCGCUUAAUGAGUCUGUGAUGCUUCCUUUACGAAGACCUGAACUCUUUAAAGGACAUUUAACAAAGCCCUGCAAAGGUGUCCUACUCUUUGGUCCUCCAGGGACUGGGAAGACUAUGCUUGCCAAAGCUGUCGCAACUGAAGCUGGUGCAAAUUUUAUAAAUAUAUCAAUGUCAACUGUUUCAUCAAUGUGGUUUGGUGAAUCUGAGAAGUACAUUAGAGCCUUGUUUUCAGUAGCAAGUAAAAUAUCUCCAACAGUGAUAUUUAUUGAUGAGGUUGAUAGUAUGUUGAGUCAAAGGAACAGUGAAGAAGAGAGUUCGGUACUACGCAGGAUGAAGAAUGAAUUUAUGGUAAACUGGGAUGGAUUGCGCACCAAAGAAAAUGAGAGAGUCUUAAUUCUUGCUGCCACUAAUAGACCUUUUGAUCUUGACGAAGCUGUCAUUAGAAGGAUGCCUAGGAGACUAUUGGUAAACUUGCCAGAUGCACCAAAUAGGACAAAAAUCAUGAAGGCAAUACUUCGAAAAGAGAAAAUGGCACAGGAUGUAGACCUGGAUGCAAUUGCAAAAAUGACACAGGGAUAUUCUGGCUGCGACCUAAAGGACUUGUGCGUUGCAGCUGCAUAUCGCCCUAUCCAAGAGAUUUUGGAAAAAGAAAAACAGGAAAAGGCAUUAGCAAUAGCAGAGAGGAGACCUUUGCCAUUAGUUAGUGGGAGUAUUGAGAUUCGUCCUUUGAAUAUGAGCGACAUGGAACAUGCAUGUCAACAGGUGCGUGCUAGCGUUUCGCCAGAUUCAGCAUAUAUGCAGCGACUGCUUCAGUGGGAGGAACAAUAUGGCGGAGGAGGUUCAAGGAAAAAAGAGAGAAUUAGCUAUUUUAUAUGAGCUAUGGGUGAAUUGUAAUUUUACUAUUCAUUUUUUUGACUGGAAUACAAUGUCACCUUCUCCCACUAUGUUGUCAUCUGAACCCACUAAAUCACAAAAUUUGCCACUAUUGGAGAAGAAUUUAACUAAUUUUUAUAUAAUGAUGGCUGC